GUGACGUCGUCUAGCUGCGCGACGCCGGGAGGGUGAUGGCGGCGGCGCGGCGCGGAGAGCCCCGGCAGGCGGGGGAGGCGGGGGAAAAUGGAGGCACCGCGGCCCGCGGUCCCCGCCGAAAGCGGGUGUGGAGGCCCGUCUGGCAGCGCGGCGUCAUGGGCAGCGUCCAGGAGGGACGAGGAUUUGCAUUUCGGAGAAAACAAAAGAUUGAGAGACAAUACAGGAAAUUAUUGAAAAAAGGAAGAAAGGUGCAUUCACAACAGAAUGAUCAGUUUACUGAUACUUAUCCAGAGCAUUUGAAACAUCUUUACCUAGCUGAGGAAGAAAAAAUGCUUAAGAAACGGCGAAGGCCUCCAGAUGAUUCAGUUUCACCAGAAGAAAAACUUAAUAAAGCAGCAGAGUCAGUUACUACUGAAGGGAAAUUUAAGAAGAAAACGUCCAGUCAGAAGGCAAAAGAAGAGUAUGAGAAAAUAAAGGCUGAGCGUGCUAGAAAGAAGGAGGAAGCAGAAGAGAGAAAACAACGAAGAGAAGAAGCUCAACGGUUGUACAAGCAAAAGAAAAUGGAAGCUUAUAAAAUAUUGUGUAAGAAGACAAAAAAAGGACAGCCAAAUCUAAACUUACAAAUGGAGUUUCUUCUUCAGAAAAUACAGCAAAAAACAUAGACCUCUGCAUAUAUCUCAGUUGUAGGUUUUGAGUUACCUAUGGACAUUUUAUUAAAUUACUUUUAAUAAAUAAUGUCUUUUUGCUUCUGUAUGACUUUUGUCAUUGUCUUGAUUUGUUUCAUCAGUCCAGUAGUGGAGGAUAUUCAUCCUGAAAAUAUGUAUUCUUUGUUGAGAAAGGGAACUGAUACCUUGAAAAUAAGUGGUCGGUAUUUCUAAACU